CCGAAAAGAGCUUUUACGAUUCGUCUUAUACACCACAAAGUGUCCCAUGGGUUACUUUAUGAUAUAAAAGUGUUGUUGAUGAUCAUUCUUUCACUUGUAGUGAAAACACCUUACCAUUUGCCCAUGAUCUAAACUUUUUCAUGACAAAUGUUGGCACUUUUCAAGUGACAAUCUACUUACAGUGGUACCUACAUGAAACGGUGAACGUUCUGACAUGGCUAGUUGUAAGAAGUUAUUGUGAUGGUUGUUUAGCAAAACUUAUUCGAAAAAUACCAUGACAGUGGGCAGAGAACACGUGGAAGUAUUUGAGCUGUAUACACGUAACAUAUCUGGGCCUUAAUGGGAUUUAACUUCAAUUACAAUGGCCCAUCUGCAGAAUAUUAUAGUCGGCAAUUGCGUUGUAUCAUUUCGCCAAGGAACCGUGACCACUUUUUGUAUUAAAAAUUAAGUGGAUGCUACGUUUAAAAUUCCUGGUAAUUCUUCGAAAUUUCCAGGGAUAAUCAAUUUAUUUAUUUCCGGCUUGUUUCGUUACUACCGCUGAGCAACAUUUAAUCGGAAUGCUGAAAAGUCAUUCCAUUUCGUUCAUCUUCACCUUUGAUCACAAUUGUGUUAAAUUGUGAAUCUUCGUAUCAAAACAGUAGUGUUAUUUGAGUAAUCAUGAGGAUAAGAAAACUGUCUGCCCUUUUGGGAGCAGGGGUUAUACUUAUGGCCUGUGUAGUUUUGUAUCUGAUGAUGGAUUUAAUGCCCUUUCCUGACUUUCAAGAGAAUAAGUGGAUACAUGUUGACAACAAAUUUAAACAAACCAAAGAGACUGAUGCAGAAACUGUUGGCACUAAACCUGCAUCCAAACCGAUAGAUCAUUCUUUCUUAUCAGAGCAUACCAGUUUAAAAACACACACUGUGAGCCAAAAUGUUUUUGACUCCUUUAAUUUCAAUGUGUCAUGCAGCUUACAAAUAUCUGAAGUUCCGGAAUCUUCAGUGCAGCUUCUAGAUGUUUACAAACUUUUGAAAUUUGAUAAUCCAGAUGGAGGGGCAUGGAAACAGGGAUGGAAUGUUGAAUAUUAUUCUGACCAGUGGAAUAAAAAUAAUAAGUUAAAAGUAUUUGUGGUUCCUCAUUCACACAAUGAUCCAGGUUGGAUAAAAACUUUUGAGGAUUACUAUCAUGCCCAGACUCGCAACAUCUUGACAAACAUGGUGAAAAAGUUAUCAGAAGACCAACGUCGUAAAUUCAUUUGGGCUGAAAUAUCUUACUUAUCGUUAUUUUGGGACGAAAUUGAUGCAUCCACAAAAGAACAACUUAAAGCGUUAUUAGAAAGUGGUCAGUUGGAAAUUGUAACUGGUGGAUGGGUAAUGAAUGAUGAAGCUAAUGCCCAUUACUUUGCUAUUCUGCAGCAAAUCAUUGAAGGUCAUCAGUGGCUAGCCAAUCAUCUUGAUUAUAUACCUAGAAAUAGUUGGGCUAUUGAUCCAUUUGGACAUUCCCCAAUAAUGCCAUAUUUUCUUAAGAGGAUGGGUCUGGAGAAUCUUGUUGUCCAAAGGGUGCAUUAUUCUAUGAAGAAAUAUUUAUCACGUACGAAGAAUCUUGAAUUUAACUGGAGACAGUUAUGGGAUGGUUCAGGGACUACUGAUCUCUUCACACAAGUAAUGCCGUUUUAUAGUUAUGAUAUUCCUCAUACAUGUGGUCCAGACCCUAAAGUUUGUUGCCAGUUUGAUUUUCGGCGUUUACCUGGAUUUGGGAUUUCUUGUCCAUGGAAAGUGCCACCUCAAGUUAUUAAUGAACGCAAUGUAAAAGAUAGAGCUGAGAAGCUUCUAGAUCAAUAUCGCAAAAAGGCUCAACUGUAUAGAACUAAUGUUUUACUAGUUCCUCUUGGAGAUGAUUUUCGCUAUGAUCAAGCAAAUGAGUGGGAUGCCCAGUACAACAAUUAUCAAAAGCUUUUUGAUUAUAUGAACAAAAGUCCUGAUUUAUAUGUUGAGGCACAGUUUGGUACUCUGCAUGAUUACUUUAGUGCAGUCCACUCAGAACUGCCUGCUGAGAAAUUCCCAACCAUAUCUGGAGAUUUCUUUACAUAUGCUGAUAGAGAUGACCACUAUUGGAGCGGUUAUUUUACGUCAAGACCAUUUUAUAAGAGAAUGGAUCGAAUUUUAAUUAAUUACCUAAGAUGUGCUGAAAUCUUGUAUGGUUUUGCAUGGGGGUCUAAGAAGGACAGUAUUGGAUCGGAGUGGCUGAUAGCUUCUGAAUCUGGAUUUUCCAAACUGCUGAGUGAAGCUCGAAGAAGCUUGAGUCUUUUUCAGCACCAUGAUGGUAUAACAGGCACAGCCAAAGAUCAUGUUGUGGAAGAUUAUGCUCGCAAAAUGCUUGAAGCAAUUAAAUUGUCUCAGCACAUCAUGCAACAAGCUGCACACUUCCUACUGAGCAGUAAUUCACAGGGUUCAUAUCAACCAGACCCUGAAGCUGUGUACUUUGACUUGGAUGAUCAAAGAAAACAACACCAUAGCCUUCCAGAAAAAAUAACUAUUACAAUAGCUGAAGGUGUUGAGCCUAAGAAAGUGGUGAUAUUCAAUUCCCUAACAUGGACGAGACAAGAAAUGGUUACAAUUCAAAUAAAUACACCCUAUGUAAAAGUGACAACCAGCAAUGGUAAUCCUGUAAACAGUCAAACCAGUCCAGUAUUUCAACGAACUGGAGGAAUGAGAGAUUCAACUUAUCAGGUGUCCUUUGUAGUGAAUGUUGAACCUUUGUCUCUUACUACAUAUUUGGUCCAUCCAUCACCUACUAGUGAUCAGACAGACUCCAAUAGCUUAUCCAAAGUGCAGAUUUAUAAUGUUGCUGGACAGCUGCCAUUAUCACAGGGCUUUGAGGAUGUUGAGAUGGCUAAAGAAGGAAAAGAAUUCUCUCUUUCAAAUGGAGUAUUUAAAGCACAUUUCAGCAAAAGUGGUUUUCUGAAAGCUUUGUCUCUGAAGAAUGGUGAAAUAAGUACUGUUGAGACCAGUGGUGCAUACUUAUUCCUUCCAAGUGGCCCGGCAGUUGGUUUCCUUGACAAUCCUACAUUAAUAAGAGUGAUGGAUGGGCCUUUGUUUGCCCAAGUAGAUGUUGUUCUCCACAAUGUACAGCACAGUGUCAAGAUUUACAAGACUCCAGGUGCUGACUCACUUGGUCUGGAAAUAGAGAAUCUCGUAGAUAUUUCUAAUGAAGUCAAUUAUGAAUUGGUCAUGCGCGUGACCAGUCAAGUUUCCAACGGUGAUGAAUUUUUUACUGAUCUAAAUGGUCUUCAGAUGAUUCGCAGGAAGAGAUUUUCUAAACUUCCAAUUCAAGCUAAUUACUAUCCAAUGCCAACUGCUGCAUUCAUUGAAGAUUCAGAUAAAAGAUUAACUAUACUUAGUGCUGAACCUGUUGGUUUUGGAUCGCUCAAAGAAGGGCAGCUAGAGGUCAUGCAAGACAGACGCCUUAAUCAAGAUGACAACAGAGGAUUGUUCCAGGGUGUAUUGGACAAUCAUCCUACCAAGACUGUAUUUAGAUUACUGCUGGAAAGGCGUGAAGCAAAUUGUCAGGGUGUGAAUGAAAAGCAUCCUUCGGGUCUGUUGUCCAGAUACGCUCAUCUCUCCUCUCUUUCUAUGCUGAAUCCUCUCAUGAGGUUGCUACCUACCGACAUCCAACAGGGAAAAUUGAACCUGCAUUUUACCCCUGUUACCAAAGGAUUGGGACAUGAUAUGCAUUUAGUCAAGUUGCAUACUUUAUUCACAUCUAUGUCAGUGAAAGCUGGUGUCAUUUUGCAGCGGAUCACAACAGAUCCCUGCUUGCCUAUUGAAAGUGUUGAAUUUACUCCCAGCAACGGACAGGUUAACAUGAGUUCAUUAUUUCCUCUGCACUUCAGUGAUACAGUUACUCCAACAUCAUUAUCUUUUCUCCAUUCUGGGAAAGCCAUGAAUAAAGGACAGAUUUAUCAAAUUUGCCCUAUGGAAAUGACAGCAUAUCUUCUGUCUCGGUAGCUGAUAGGAGUGGUAGUAUGUGUCAUGAAUGUACAUUUUUUGCACCAUAUUCUUCAAAAGGAGACAGGAUUGAUGUGGUUAGACAAUUUGAAACAGAGCAGUCCUGUGUGUGGUGUUGUCUGUACAAUUAAAUAUAUAAUGGAACUGUAUAUAUUGGACUAAGUGUUACAUAUUUGUUUUUUUAUGACUAAAUAUUGCUUCAUUGAAAUUGAUAAUUGAAAGUACUCAAUGGUAUUUUCACAUUUUCAUCAGUUGAUAUCUUUAUCGAUUUCAGUUUUAAAAAACAAAAAUGAGUGGUUGCGUAAGCUGCUCUUAAAUGGGGAAAUGUAUUUUUGUGGUAGUUUGUGUAAUGAAGGAAAUUGUGAAAUCGCCUAAAAGAAUUUCAUAAUAACUAAAAUGUUUCUGUAGAAAAUUUAUUUGUGACUUUUGCAUUCCAAUUAAUUUAUUUAUUGAGAAUCAGUUGAGGCCCUGAAUGGCUGAUAUUUUCUUCCUCAGUGUGCAUGGUUUGUAGAUUCAAUUUUAAUGGGACUUGUUUUUUUGGUGUUGAUCCAGAAUAGUAAGAAUUUAAAGCAAACAUUGUAAUGUUAGCAGAAUUAAUUCAUGAAAGUUUUGUGUUAUGGCAAUGAGACCUAAUAGAAGAUCUGUCACUCAACAAGAAUGAACGGUUUAAUAAACCUUUGACCUAAAUGCCAUUCCAUUGACAUGUUGUUGUUAUUACUAACAUUAUACUAUCUACAUUCAGGAUAUUGCCAUGACCCUAAAUAACUUCAAAGGCUAGCACCAUCCUACCAGUGUGAGAGAAGAAAUGAAGAGAAAUUGGAAGAAAAAUUUAUUUAACUUGUGUCUAAAGAACAGCGUAAAAAACACUUCUCAUGUGUACAAAUUUGUCUUGAAAGCGAGAUCUGAUGAUGACAGAUUGAUUGCAUCAUUAUUAUUGUUAACAUUGUUGACUCAAAAUGACAGAAAAAGAAAUUUAGGAUUGGUCUGGAAUCGGUCGUAAAAUAAAAUUGGAUGGAAUGGAAUUAUGUCAAUAAAGGAAUAAAGUAUGUGGUAUAUUUCUUUAGCAACAAAUAAUACCUUAAAAAUGGAAUUGAGAAAUGUAAGAAGCAUUUUGUUUUUACUGUGUUCUCUAGAAAUAUUUAUAUUGAUUUAUGAUAACAAUUUAUUCUCAAAUGUAUUUGUGUAAUUUUGUGGUUAGAAUGGUAAUUUCUGAUACCAACAUCACCAUGGCAUGUAGAGAGUAAUGAAUACAAAUGGUAGAUAUUACUUGGUUUCUGUAAAAACAUCAGAUUUGUGCAAGCCUCUGGAAAUUUUGCAUGUAAUACCAGAAUUUUGAAGGAAUGCUGGGGUACUAAAAUGACUCAUUUCACCACUUACACCACCGCUCUUAAAAAAUUAAUCCACUGAGAAUGCUCUUUCUGAGAUCCCUCGUUCAAUCCAUUCUUGUCUUUCAAAUUCUUCAUUGUAGAAAGAAAAGGGAGUGGUGUGGUGGCUUAGAAAAAGAGAUGGACUUAUCACCUAUGAUGGUUAGUUGUUGUUGUUGUUGUUGUGACAGGUUGCUUCCCCUAUGAAGAACAGAUGAGCAUUCAUGACUUCACCUACCUGUGAUUAUCAUAGUAAAUUGAUGGCUGGCCAUCAAAGUGAUUCGAUAAAAUAAGUUGGGCCAUGACCUACCCAUGACUAAAAACAAUUAUUAAAGUUAUUUGAAUAAUGUCUGAUCUGCUGUCAAUCUCUAUAUUUAUUUAUUUAUUUAUUUUUUUAUUUAUAUUUACAUACUUUCAGGGUGAGUCAUUUCAGAUAGGAAAAAAUUCGCCACCAUCUUCUCCGUGGUUAGAUGAACAAAUUUGUAUUUGGUUGAGAAGAACUUUAUUUCUCCACAGCAGUUUCUCUCUAUUUCUCUUCUUCUCUAACGUCCAGAAGGUUGUGCUUAUAGUGAAUUAGUGUACUCCAUAAUGACCUCCUGAGUCUACAAGAGCACUUUGAGUUGUUGAAAUGUGCAUGAAGUUGUGGUGAUAUGCAGACUGUGAUGAAACCAAAAAUUUACGAAAUACACUUUCUACAAGAGUCUUAUGCUUUUGAGGUUAAAAUGGUGAGGAAAUUCCUUAUUGCUAAUAUUCUGAUGGUUGUGGUUUGUUUUUUAACCACCUGAAAUGACUCGUAACAAUGGCUUUGUAUGUAUACGAAGGAAAUGGAGAAACAGAGAGUACUCACAUUGAGUAUAAACUGAGUUAUAGAAUUGAGAAAGUGUUGUUUUCUUCCAGGUGUUAUUGGAUUAUCACAGAGACAGAAUGCAAUUCUUGGAACGAACAAGUUUAUUGAAGGGUUACCAUUCUAUUCCCUCAUACCCUUCAUUGAUCCCACAUUGAUUGUAAACUGAGAAGUUCAGAGUUGAGUGUAUUUAUAUACAAUAUUAAAGUUCUUU